CCGCCGACAGGAAACGGGAGUGGGCCAGCACUGCCCAUGAAGGCCGCUUACCUUUGCUGAGUUUCAUGUAAUAGAUAGGGGUCCUCAGUUACAACAACGCCGUCAUUAUUGUGAGUGUGGUGCCAUAGUAACUUCUCCUGGACCCAGCGGGUGUAUCAAGUGCAAUUGGAGGCCGCAUUAGAAGCAACCAUGCCACUUCCUGAUGUUAUGUUCUGCGCUCAGCAGAUUGAAAUCCCCCCUGAGUUUCCAGAGAUUUUAAAACAGUUUACAAAGGCUGCCAUCCGGACACAGCCACAUGAUGUUCUUCAGUGGUCUGCUGCGUAUUUUGCAGCUUUAUCUAAAGGGGAAACACCUCCUGUGAAGGAGCGGCUUGAAAUGCCAGUGGCAACACAGAAAAAUGAUACUGGUCUUACACCAGGACUUCUGAAGGUUCUGCACAAUCAGCUCUCUCCAAAGAACAUGGUUGAAGAAUACGAAUUGGAAGAGAAAUGGAAGGAUUUAGGUUUGCCAAUCCAGCGCCUGAGAAGCAUUCUGCAGCUGGGAAAUUUUGAAUACGAGGUUGAAUGGAUGAAGUUUCUGGCACUUGCUUGCAGUGAUUUGGGUGGGUCUCUUUACAGUGCCUUGAGGUACGCUUGUGAAAUUCUAACGACUGACCCACCGGGUGGUGCUGCUGACAUUAAAAUCGAAACCUUCACUUAUCUUUUCACCUACCUGGCGAAGAUGGAUGGGGAAUUUUCAGACGCCAAAAUUGAAGAAAUGCUUCUAACCUUAAGGGAGGAUGUAGAAAAACAAGGUGGACUGAUACAACCCAGAAACUUCAAGCACUUCCAGAAAGCUAAAGAUAGUAAAGAAAAUGAAACGCCUCUUCAAGGUCAAGUUUAAAACUGCUUAACACAAAAGCGUAAUGUACAACAGAGAAGAACUAACAUGUUUUUAGAAUCUUCAUUUACUAUGACUUUAUACUUAAUAAAGUUCAAUCUUUCUAAAGGUGUUUUCUUUUUGCUAUUGUGUAAGAUCUACUUGUUUUAUAUUGUGAUUAAAAGUAAUAUAUUUGUUGGAAAGCACUUUAGGACAUUUUGAGGAUUCUUUAAAGCAAUAUAAAAAUGAACAUAUUGAGGGAAUCCAAGACAAAUGACCAUCAUUGUAACAUAGUCAAUAGAAAAUGCAAAAUAUAAAAUUAGAAAGUGACUUAUUUACCCAGAAACUAGUGAGAAAUUGAAACUUGCUAUCAGAUAAAAUAGUUGGAAUAAGUAGUGAUGAAACCUUUAAACAGAACUAUAAGUAAUAUGAGGGAAAAAAUAGAAGCUAUAAUGACAAGGUUAACUGAAGUAAGGCAGCGUGUUGUGUCUUUGAGCAAGGCACUUAACCACACACUGCUCCAGUCCACCCAGCUGAAAAUGGGUACUGGCAAAAUGCUGGGGGUUAACCUCGCGAUAGACUGGCGUCCUAUCCGGGGCGGGGGGCGGAGUCUCGCACGCUUAGUCGCUUCACGCCACAGAAACCGACAUAACACCGGCCUGAUGGGCCACAAAGGCUCAGGACAGACUUCGACUUUUUAACAGAAGUAAGAGAGAAGAAGUCUUGUGUAUGGUCCAGUUAGGCUGAAUGGCUUGUACUUUUGUUGUAGGUCCGAUGUUAAUCUAUCCUUUGACUUCAAGACAGCCAGCUUUUGUUAAAAUCUUCAAGUUUAUAAAUUGAAUUUUUAGAUGUAAUGAAAUUAAGUGCACCAAUUAAAACAUUUACUACAGUCUCUUUGGUCUUUUAAAUGAGCAUGAGAACAGUUACUUGAACACUGCUAACAACAGGAAUUCUGCAGAUGCUGGAAAUUCAAGCAACACACAUAAAAGUUGCUGGUGAACCAGCAACUUUUAUGUGUGUUACCUGAACUCUGCUUAUGGGUGUGUGCGUGUUUUUUCUCCCUUUUAUAAAUUAGAGUUUGAUUGGAAUUUUUUACAAUUUCGAGUUUAAGAUUUACUUUACUUCAACUUAUUUGAGAAAUAAUUACAAGUUUUGUCUUGGACAUUAUACAUUGCUUCACCUACUGAUGCCAUUUAAUUUCAAAUUGUUUUCUGCAUUUAUUUGAUCCAUCAAAAAGAAAGAUGAUUUGUCCAGUUAAAUGUAGUGGCCACACUGGUGGUAUUGUCUGUGUCAGGGCGAUUAUUUUGCACCAUCCGCUUGAAAGUUUCCGUUCUGUAGUAAUUCUCAUUAAUGUGAAACAGGCACUUAGCAGUAAAUGUUUGGUAACUUUUCUCAGACACUAGGGACCAGACAAGCAUCCAUGCCUAAUGAGUUGCAGUUAACAAUAGAUGCAUGACAAUCUAGCACGUUUGUGGAAAUGUGGGAAUGUCUUUGAUUUGUGUUCAAUCAAUAGGCAGGGUAAUUGUAUACUGGAAUGGUAUUUCCUUGGUGAUGUCAUUAUGUUAUUAUUAUUACUUCCUCUGACUUUGUAAUAAAUGCUUCGUAGUCUCAACUAAAUGCAUUGUACUAUUAAGCAACA